AUGGAGACUGACCAGCAGAAUUUGAACAGAGGGCAGGACAACAGCCAGAUGGUCGCUGCAUAUCUGGAGGAGAAGAAGCCGGAGCACAUCCAGAGUGUCACAGAGGUGAUGCCCAUAGCAGACCUGCUCCUCGCCCAGAGGGUCAUUGGCCAGGAGACCUACGCCAAAAUCAAGGCUGCCACCACCAGUCAGAACCAAAUGAGACUCUUGUUUGAUGGCCUGCACGCAGCUGGGGCCCAGGGCAAACUGGCCUUCUGCACAAUCCUACAUGCCAAACACCCCCACCUAAUGCAGGAGCUGUGGCCUGCACCACCUCAGUAGGCCUAGUGCACUUUGUUCAUGGCAUAUGUGCUGCCACAUAC